AUGGGAGGAACCGGAGAGGAUUGCCAUCCUCUCCGGCUCCUCCGGGGGACCAAAAGGGGCAAGGACGCCGCGGCGUCGUCGAAAGCCAACAAGCCCUCUUUCCGUUUUCUCGGCCACCGCCCUCCACCCUCAACCCAGAGAUCGAAGAGAAAACGGAACCCCCUCCCCAUUCCUCGUCCAUUCCUCGUCUUCUCUCUCUCUCUCAUCAUCAUCGCCCCCCCCUCCCUAACCCCCUCCACCACGGAGGAGGCGGUGGAGGACUACGUGGGGCUCUCGGAGGCCGCCUCCUCGCACCCCGCCACCGCGGAGGAGGCGGCGGAGGAGGGGAGGAGAGAUGAGGACGAGGAGGACCUGGAGCUGGGGUUGAGCCUUGGGGCGGAGGAGGGGAGGAGAGAUGAGGACGAGGAGGACCUGGAGCUGGGGUUGAGCCUUGGGGCGAAGAAUGCCGCCCGCGGUGGUGGCGGCAAGGUGGCGGCUGCGCCGUGGGGGCAGUCUUGCAGGAUUCUGACUGCCAAUGACUUCCCUUCUCUGGUGUACCGUCCUUCGCCUAGGUCGUCCUCCACAUCCUCCGUUUCCUCCUCCUCCUCCGCUGCUUUAGCCGGUGGAGCCGGCGGCGACGGCGUCGCCGGCACUAAGAGGGCCGCGGACGCCGUUGCUCCGGACGUCGUCGGAUCCGAUCGCCCACCCAGUCAGGCAGUGGUGGGAUGGCCACCUAUAAGGGCAUUCAGGAUGAACAGCUUGUUUAACCAAUCGAAAGACAACACCUCUGGGACUAAUUCUGCCGCCCACAAGAAGACCAACAGCAGCAACACCAAUAUGAAGGAAGCCAAUGGGAUCGAUGGUCGGGAUAACAAAGGGAGGGCUGCUGGGUGCUCUCGCUUUGUUAAGGUGAACAUGGAUGGAGAUCCUAUUGGGAGGAAGGUGGAUCUCAAUGCUCAUCGCUCUUAUGAAACCCUUGCGCUCGCUCUGGAGCUCAUGUUUCACAAACCCGCGAUGGCCCUCAGUACCUGUUGCGUCUAUGGUGUGAAGGCCUCAAAGUUGUGGGGGGGCUCCUAUGAAUUUGCUCUUACUUAUGAAGACAAGGAUGGGGACUUGAUGCUGGUUGGAGAUGUCCCUUGGGGGAUGUUCUUGGACACUGUCAAGAGACUUAGAAUUAUGAGGACCUCCGAUGCCCGUGGGCUUUCUGCAAGGUUCCAAUCCUCCAAUAACUCUUACAAGCCUUGAAAGGAGAUGAAAGAACAAGUGCUGUUGACUAAAUAGAGAAAGAGAAAAAGGUAGAGAAAUAGAGAAAGACAAGGUCGUUUCCUUUUUGCUUUUCUCUCGGGUCAAGCCAGGAUCACAACCAUCCAUUUGUGUUUGAUUUUGGCUUAAUGACCCCUUCUGUUAGGUGGGUUGCUAAGUACACCAACCAAUAUGUUUUCAAUUUCUCUGUAGCUCCAUACACAUGACCAGUAACUAUAUGUGAAUGGUGCUUCCAAUACUGUAAGUAUUGCUGCCUGUUUUGCUUCAAGAUUUGAGGGAUAAGAUGAGGUUUAUCUGUUUCAACAUAUCCAAGUGAAAUAGAUGAUUUUGGAUGUUCACUGUUGUUUCUCGACUUGCAAAAAUUUUCCCCAGUAUUUUUGCUCUUGUAUUUGGCAAUUCCCAGCUGCUUUUAUCCGACUCUGCUCGUGAUGCAGGGCGUCCAUGAAUCUAUAAUGCAUGUUUUUUGGUA